CAACAAUAUCCGCAGCUUUUUGCACCUUUAGCUUUGAACAAGACUAAUAUUGAAAAUGACAAAGAGGAACUUUCUAUUACAAAUAAUGAGCAGGAAAAUUCAUUGACUUUUUUAGAUAUUCCAGAAUCUACAUCUAGCUCUUCAAGUUCAACCUUCACUCUAAAGGUGCAAAAAGCUGCGGAUAUUGUUGCU